AUGAGGAUGUUGGCUUAUGGUACAUCAGCCAAUGCAGUUGAUGAAUACCUCAAAAUUGCGGCAAGUACAACAAGAGAUUGUCUCCAACACUUUGUUGAAGGGGUUAUCUCUAAAUUUGGACAAGAGUAUCUGAGGAGGGCAACACCUUCAGAUGUAGAGCUACUUCUUCGUGAAAGUAAUGUUCGUGGAUUCCCCGACUUGUGGAUAUGGCAUGCUUUUUUUGGCACACCUGGUUCACUAAAUGAUAUAAAUGUCCUCCAACGGUCGCCAAUGUUCGAUGAUAUUUGUGAAGGUCGAGCCCCAGAGGUGAGUUUUAAUGUGAAUGGAAAUAGAUACAAUAUGGGAUACUACCUUACAUAUGGUAUAUAUCCAACAACAUUUAUCCCAUCCAUCAAGCUUCCACAAACUUCUAAGCAAAGAUUAUUUACGAGGAAGCAAGAAAGUUAUCACAAAGAUGUUGAGCGUGCCUUCGGAGUGUUACAAGCUCGAUUCGCAAUAAUACGACAACCAGUGUAA